CAUUUAGAGCAACAGAGAUUCCUGAAGAACCUGCCUGUCAGCCUGGUCAGUGGACAUGGCCGGUGGGUGCCUGUUUGCCAGGCCGAGAGGGGAGGGCCUGCUCUCACCCCCUCCCCAGGAGCAGUGCUGUGCCAGGAGCCCUGCCGAGUCCAGACCAACCUGGCCAGCCCUGGCCCUGGCCUGAACCUCACCCUGAAGGACAUGAAUGGCCGGCUGCUCAGCUCGGGUUUCUGGCAGCAGAGCAACCUGAAGACCCCGGCCAAGAGGCCCCGGGAGAAAGCCCGAGAGGUUGCUGCCCAGCAGAGUAACCUGAACAUAAGAGAGACCAGCUUGGCCAGGGAUGGAAGUCACACCAGCCCCAGCCUCUGCUCAGAGCUUCAGGAAAGCCUCUGGCCCCAUCCGAUGCACCAGGGAAGCCCCCUACCCCAAGGGCCCCUGGCUUACACAUCCUCUAGACUGAGACAGUCCUGGCUGCUGGUCACAGAUACGCCCUGCCCAGACUUCAAGCCCUCUGCAUGCUUUGCCCCUCUUGACGGGCACACACAGCCAGGCCCCAGAUCAUGGUGUGGCCUGGAGAGCGGGGCCUCCAGGCUUGUGGGGGAGCCCCUCACCCUGGAGGACCUGGGGCCUGCCCAGAGCCAGGUGUGGGCCCCAUCCCAAGCUGCUAUCCACUGGCUGCUGGCCUCUGUGCAGCACCUGGAGCACCAGGUAGUCUGUCUUGGGUGGCAGGCAUCCUGGGAACCCCCUGCUGUGCAGCAGGACCCCUGGACCAGCAAUAGCCAGGCACUCACUGCCCACCCCCAACCCAGCCAGCUGGUACUUGCUUCCUGGCACAAGAGGAAGAAACACCCCCGAGGUGUUAGGGAAACUGUGGAUUUCCCAGAGACACCAGGGGGCCGCGCUGGUCUGUCACAUCCUCAGGCGAGCAGCAAGCCCACAUGGCAGAGACCAUUUCAGGGGUGCUUGUGGGGAUUUCCUUGACCUGAGGCGAGGAGAGAACUGUUCCCCAGGGCCUAUGUAUGGCGGGGGCAGCGGGGGACCCCCAGCUCCCUCAAGGGGCAGGUAACAGGGAGGCCAGACUCUGCUCUUCAGCCUGCUCUAGUGCAGCCUGGGGUGUCCUACCUGGACAGCGAGGAGGGGCGGUGGCCCCGCAGGAGCAGGUCAGCAGGGAGGAAGAAAGGAUGGCUUCCUGUCCCCAGACACAGCCCCAGCGAGGAGUGCCCUGCAGGUACGGGCCAGAGGAGGCUGGGGUGGGAGCUGGGUGGCUGCAGGGCCCCCGUUCCCUCCUCCCCAGAAUUCUCACUGCAAGCUGGCCGUCACUACCCUGUCAGCCCUCUUCUCCCAGAAAGGGAGGCCUUGGACAGGCAGGUGUGGCGGGGGCGGUCCUGUCCUGCUUGCUUCUCACCCUGAGAACUGUGUCAUGUCCUUUUGCUUUCUAAGAACAACGCCCGAAACAUCGGGAGCCGGGAGCCCAGGAGAGCCAGGUGAGGCCUUACUCCUAGGACAGCACCUGUCGCAUUUGCCUGGGUGAAUGGGGACGAGGCCCUGAUAGAGAGAAGGCUUUGAUGGCAGAUUCGUGCAGGAUUUAGGGGAAACGUAAACUCCUUCACACUGUCCCUGCGGGGAAACAGGGGGCCUCUGGGCGCCAAGGACAGGAACAUGGGGACUGCUUGGGAUCUUAAACCUCUGCAGCUGCCCUGUGCUCGCUGCAGUCCGGCGGGGCGUGCUCUGGCCUCUCGGAGCUUUCCUGGCUGGGAUCCCCUAGACUAGCCUCAGCAGCAGGACGUGCUUCCCAUCUGCAGCUGGUCUGUCCUUCUGCACCCUCAUCAAGGUCAGAAAGGUGAUGGGGUGCCGAGCGCCCAGCUGCUCCCAGGGCUGAGGGGCCAGGCCCGCCCCUGACCAGCACUGGUCUGUCCCCAGCCAGCAGCAGCUGUCCAGAUGUUUCAGAGCCUGACGGCACUUGACACUGGGGCAGCAGGCCGCAUCAACGGCAGCAGUGCUGGGCUGCCAACUGGCGCUGCCCUGGGCACUUGACACUGGGGCAGCAGGCCGCAUCAACGGCAGCAGUGCUGGGCUGCCAACUGGCGCUGCCCUGGGCACUGUGGCUCCGGGAGGCCCAGCUGGAGGUGGCAUGGGGGCGACACACUCAGGCCCUGCUGGCCCCAGAGCUUCCAAAAGGUCAGCAGCCUCCAGGUUGGUCCAUGGGGAGGGAUGAAGUGCUGUUAUGUCUAGACGGGAGGUUCUUCUAGGGCAUGAAUUUACCGCCUGAGUGAUCAGCAGUAGAGCUGGUGGUAAUCAGCCCAGAUGCCUGAACCAGCUCUUCCUGAGUUCAAAUCCUGCCUCUGCUACUUUUCUUUGUUCACACUUUCUCACUUUGUAGCCUUAGGCAAGUCACCUAACCUCUCUGUGCCUUGAUCUCUAGCUCUAAAAUGGGACAAUAAUAGUACAUUCAGGGUUGUUGUGAGAUUGAAUUAAUAAAUAUAAGCACCUCAGAACCCUGCCUAGCACAUAACAAGCUCUCUACCAUAGAAGUUGCUAUUUUUUACUAGUGGUUUGUGUACCAGGCCUGGAAGGGCACGCCUGUGUUUCUCCCUCCUUGGGCAAGAAGGGCUCCAGGAGGGCCCAGCUCCAGGUCGCGCCUCCCAAGGAAAGCCCUGCCUCUUGGGCCCCAUCUCUCCAUUCAUUUCUCCAUUCCCAAAGAGGCAGGGCAGUCUAAUGGUUACGACCCCAGGCUCUGGACUCUGACAGAAUGUUUGACUCCUGCUCCUGCCCUUUUUUCUGGUGCCCCUCUCAGGGCACAUUUGAGGCUGCACCCAGCAUCCCUCUUGCCCUUCUCUACUGACCCAGUGGAGAAACCUGCCUUUGCAGCAGAAACAAGGGCAGCCCCAUAUCCAGGCUGGGCCAGGACCCCCAUCCUCUGGGGGAGGCCAAGGCCGAGGCACCCCAGGAAGGAAGCCAGUGGAGGAUCCCACCUGGAGAAACAGGUAGUCUGGGACAGCCCAGG